AUGAUCAAACAACCAAAGUUGAACAUUGCCAACACCAACAUUGCCAUGCUUGGCUCUGACUUGGACAAGAAGUGCCGUAUGGACAAGGCUCAGUUGGAGGCCCAGUGGAAGACCGCUGGAAAGAAGGAGGGUAUCCAGGUGUGGCGCAUUGAGAACUUCAAGGUGGUGCCAUGGCCCCAGGACCAGUACGGAAAGUUCUUUGACGGUGACAGCUACAUCGUGUUGCACUCGAUGAAGAGCGGCCCAUCGUUCACCUACGACAUCUACUUCUGGCUCGGACUGGACACCACCACCGACGAGGCCGGCACUGCCGCCUACAAGACCGUCGAGUUGGACGACUUCUUUGGAGGCGCCCCCACCCAGUACCGCGAGGUCAUGAACUACGAGUCCGACUCAUUCCUCCGCCUCUUCCCCAACAACUCGUUCUUCAUCCUGCACGGUGGUGUUGACAGUGGCUUCAACCACGUCGGACCAAAGGUGUACAAGCCCCGUCUGCUCCACAUCCAGACCACCGAGGUCGGCUUCAAGAAGUGCCCCAAGGUGAUCCAGGUCGAGUUGGCCGCCAGCUCGCUCAACAACUCUGACAGCUUCAUCUUGGACGCUGGUGAGAAGAUCUACGUGUUCAACGGCAGCAAGGCCAACCCAAGCGAGGUUGUCAAGGCUGGCUCUCUUGCCACCCAGAUCAAGGGCGAGCACAAGGGCAUUCCCAGCAUCGAGACCUACAGUGAGACCGACAAGGACAUCCCCGCCGCCUUCUGGACCCUCCUCGGAGGCAAGCCAGCCAAGAUCCCCGAUGCACAGCCACCAUCAGCCGCUCUCAAGGCCAUUGAGAAGACCCUUUUCCGUCUGUCCGAUGCCACCGGCAAGCUCGAGUUCACCCAAGUUGCCAAGGGCAAGAUCGCCCGCUCGCAGCUCAACACCAACGACGUGUUCAUCCUCGAUCUCGGCUUUGAGCUGUACAUCUGGGUUGGACAAAAGGCCAACGCCAACGAGAAGAAGAACUCAUUCAAGUACGCCACCGACUACUUGGAGAAGAACGGUCACAACCAGUUCACCCCAGUCAUCCGUAUCGUUGAGGGAGGUCACUGUCCAUCAUUCGAUGCUGCUUUCAACUAA